CGGGCCUCGCGUGUCCCCGAGCGCCCGCUGAGAGCGGACCCGGCCCUGGGGACCUGCGGCCGGGCGCGAGGGGGCGCCGCGCCACCGCCGCGGGGCGGAUCGCCGGGGCCGAGCCGGGCCGGGGGCGGCGCGCGGGGCGGUGCCGGACUCCGCGGGCUGCGGGCUCCGGAGACGCCGCGCUCCGCCCCGAGGAGGCCACGGCCGGACGAGCGGAGCGGCGGCCCGCGGGGUCCCGGCCCCGAGGGACCUGAGAAGCACUGGCAGGGGUCUGAUGAGAUGGCAGCAUUUGCAAAGGGCCGCCUGGGAUGAGCCCCCGCACGGGGAAGCCGACAGGAGGCUCUGCGUCCUGAGCGCGGCCGGGCGCCCGGGGCCAUGGCGCUGCGCCCCGAGCCCGCGGGCGGCCGGCGCGUCGUCACCAUCAACGUGGGCGGCUGCAGGGUGCGCCUGGCCUGGGCGGCGCUGGCGCGCUGUCCCCUCGCGCGCCUCGAGCGCCUGCGGGCCUGCCGCGGCCGCGACGAGCUGCUGCGCGUGUGCGACGACUACGACGCGGGCCGCGACGAGUUCUUCUUCGACCGCAGCCCGUGCGCCUUCCGCGCCAUCGUGGCGCUGCUGCGCGCCGGGAAGCUGCGGCUGCUGCGCGGCCCGUGCGCGCUGGCCUUCCGCGACGAGCUGGCCUACUGGGGCAUCGACGAGGCGCGCCUGGAGCGCUGCUGCCUGCGCCGCCUGCGCCGCCGCGAGGAGGAGGCGGCCCAGGCGCGCGCGGGGCCGCCCGGGAGCCCGGGCCGCCGCCUUCGGGACCUGCUGGACGACCCGCGCCCGGGGCCGGCCGGCAAGCUCUUCGCCUGCGUGUCCGUCGCCUUCGUGGCCGCCACGGCCGUCGGCCUGUGCCUGAGCACCAUGCCGGACAUCCGCGCGGAGGAGGAGCGGGGCGAGUGCUCCCCCAAGUGCCGCAGCCUGUUCGUGCUGGAGACGGUGUGCGUGGCCUGGUUCUCCUUCGAGUUCCUGCUGCGCUCGCUGCGCGCCGAGAGCAAGUGCGCCUUCCUGCGGACGCCGCUCAACAUCAUCGACAUCCUGGCCAUCCUGCCCUUCUACGUGUCGCUGCUCGCGGGGCUGGCGGCGGGCGGCGCGGGCGCGGGCGCGGGCGGCGCGGCGCUGCUGGAGCGCGCGGGGCUGGCGCUGCGCCUGCUGCGGGCGCUGCGCGUGCUCUACGUCAUGCGUCUGGCGCGCCACUCGCUCGGGCUGCGCUCGCUCGGCCUCACGGUGCGCCGCUGCGCGCGCGAGUUCGGCCUGCUGCUGCUGUUCCUGUGCGUGGCCCUGGCCCUGUUCGCGCCGCUCGUGCACCUGGCCGAGCGCGAGCUGGGCGCGCGCCGCGACUUCUCCAGCGUGCCGGCCAGCUACUGGUGGGCCGUCAUCUCCAUGACCACCGUGGGCUACGGCGACAUGGUGCCCCGCAGCCUGCCCGGCCAGGUGGUGGCGCUCAGCAGCAUCCUCAGCGGCAUCCUGCUCAUGGCCUUCCCGGCCACGUCCAUCUUCCACACCUUCUCGCGCUCCUACUCGGAGCUCAAGGAGCAGCAGCGGCGCGCCGUCGGCCCCGAGCGGGCCCCGCGCGACGACAGCACGCGCUCGGACAGCACGCGCUCGGCCCCCGCCACCGAGGACGGCGCGCACGGGCCCGGGGGCGGCCACGGCUGCCGCCCGGGCCCGGGGCCCGCUCCCGAAGAGCCUCUGCAGAAGUAGAGCCUUCGCCUCUCCUCCCGCCCGCCGCGCGACCCGGCGGGGGGGGGGCGGGGGAGACGGAGGAGGGGA